AUGAGGCUUUUAGUGGCGUGCGACGAUAGCGGCAGCAUUAAGGAAGUGGUAUGUAACCGCAAGACGGAUACCUCGGUCCAAACGGCACCUCAGCCUUUCCACAUAGGAGUGCAUCUUUCAGAAGGUUUGGAUAGCCGAGUCGAAAAAAUGGAACAGAUUUUCGACAAUCGUUUGCUUAUAGCAAGAGCAAAUGGCGUAGUUCAGCUUGUGGAAAUCAGUCUAGUUCCCAGACCUUCAGAUGGCCAAAGCUCAGAACUAGAGCCUAAGUUUGAUGUCAUGGAUCUAAAGGUGGUGUCAUCUGUCCAGGGUCUUCUGGACGACGUUCCUCUCCAGGAUCUACACAAAAAAUCCAAGAAAAGGUCCACGCCUAGAGACGGGUUUGUAGCCAUGCAGCUCAUACCAGGUUGUUCAAACAGGGUGUUUUGCGCGACAAAAUCUGGCAGAAUUCAUAUAUUGAGCCUGAAAAACAGCACACUUAACAUAUACAAGAGCCACUCGGUCAAGGCGCCUUUGGAAUUUGCGCAAAUAUACGAUAACAAAGCGAUCAAACCUCAAAAGAAGGCAUCCACAACCUUUGCGUUUGGCGGUGAGGAAAAUCUAGUGAAGCUAGCCAAGCUUUCUGCAGAUUUUAAAAAGCUGGAAAAUUUUUGGGAAGCCAAGAAUGUUUCUAAUGACAGAUUAGACCUCAAAGUCCCUAUUUGGCCCAUGCGACUCAAAUUUUUGAAUACACCAUCUGGAGACAACUCCGACACCGAUGACUACCACUUUCUCGCCAUAAAUCGUCUGGGCCACUUACGCGAAUAUCGAACAAGCACAGGCCGUAAGCCAAAAUCAUCAUAUGCACUUCUAUCAAAGAAUGAAGCCGCAACUGGCCUUCAGGUAUUCAACGCAGACCUUACACCCUUGGGCAAUGUCAAAGCGGACACCGUUGAUGAUUUAAAAAUUGUCAUCACUGACUCUAAGAGAAAUGUGUUCGCGUUCGACAGCUUUCCAAGAGCCAUAGGAAAAUACGGAGCCGGAGAUAUAACCGGUGCGGCCACAUUUGUGAAUGUGGUCAACAACAAGCUGCUGCUGCAGUGCGGUCUUGAUAGAUAUGUUCGUGCUUUCGACGUCGAAUCGCGCUCGGUGCUCUGUAAAAUUUACGUGGGAGCCAAAGCAAGCUCUGUUUUACUCAUAGACGAUAAGGAGAUUGACGUACCGCAACCUGAAAGCUCAAAUAAGAAGAGAAAAGCUACCGAAAAGAACUCAGAGGCAGAAGCGCUCGAGAAUGAGGAGCUUUGGAGCACUCUAGAAGGAUCAGCUAAAAAGGUAAAAACCGGUUAA